UCAUUUACGCAUAUAGAAAUAACAAACAAACAUUUAAAUUAAUGUUUUGUGAAUUAGCUGGGUUCAAAGAAACAUUUCUCUUGUCUAUACGUUAUCACUAGUUAGAAUUUAUAUGUUAUAUCGACAUGUGGAAAUUUCUUACUUUAGCACUAUUUACCUAUCACCAUUUUAAAUAAAAAAUGGCAAACGUUGAACCACUGGUUAGUACUGAAUGGCUUAACGAAGAAAUGAAGAAAAGUGACUGGAAGGAUAAAUACAUACUAUUAGAUGCAACAUGGGAUUUGCCAAUGUCAAAGCGAGAUUUUAUAACAGAGCACAAAACAUGCCGCAUUCCUAGUGCAAGAUACUUCUCUCUACAAGAAUGUCGAAACAAAGAAGUCUCACUGCCUAACACAAUGCCUUCUCCUGUUCAAUUUGAAAAUUAUGUUUCCAGUUUAAAAGUUUCCUCAGAUCACCAUGUUAUCUUGUAUGAUAACAGUGAACGUUUUGGUCUGUUUUCAGCACCAAGAGUUUGGUGGUUAUUUCAAUUAUUUGGACACACCAAAAUUUCGAUUUUGGAUGGUGGUUUGCCAAGAUGGAAGAAAUUAGGAUACUCAACAGCUAGUGGGGAUUACUCUGAAGAAGAAAACGUUCCAGCAGCAAAGUCGACUUUUAAAGCAAAUUUUCAACCCCAACUUGUAAAAGACCUUGCAUUUAUGAAAGAAAAUAUUAAAAAAGAUUCCCCAACUCAAGUAAUGGAUGCAAGAACAAAUGGUCGAUUUAUUGGUGUUGCACCUGAACCUAAUCCGAAAAUACCAAGUGGUCACAUGCCAAAAGCUGUCAAUUUGCCAUAUUUUGGAUGUUUUGAUCGUGAGAAUAAUGUCAUGCUUUCAAAGGAAGCCAUUGAAAAGUAUAUAAAGAAUAGCGGUGUGCAGCUUGAUAAAGAUGUGGUUGCCUCCUGCGGAAGUGGUAUUACAGCCUGUGUUUUGAGCUUUGCUAGUUUUCGUGUUACGGGAAAAGUUGUGCCUGUGUUCGACGGCUCUUGGACUGAAUGGCAACUGAAUACUUCGAAUAAGUUGCAGAUUCGAGAAGAAAAAGUGUGACAGUGGUAUGAAUACAAUAUAUACACGUUGUUUAUUUCAUAAGAAAACCGUUUUUUGACCUGAGCCUCAAUUUUCUUAGCAAAAUGCGUUAAUAUAUAGGCUGAAAUUUUCUUAAAUUUUUUCUUAAUUUUUCUUCGUUUAUCUUCUUCUCUAUAAUAAUAGCCGUCGUCUGUCUGUCUCUGCGCGGACCCCCCGCUGAGUUAGAAAAUGAUGUUUCGGAAACACGAAUAUCAAAUGCGAUAUAUUUUUAUCCAAUUUGCUGCGACAGGUAAAUAUAAAGGACGGGCGAACCCGUAGAUUUUUCCACGGGGUAACGACUAGUCUAUAUUAUAAUGCCCGUAUACGUUUGUCUGACACGCAAAAUGCUAGCUUAGCUGUGCAAGUAGCGAGACGCACGCUGUGCGGUAUAGAAAGGACGGGUGAACCGUGGAUUUUUCCACGGGCUAACGACUAGUUUUUUUAUAAAUAGCUACGAUAUUU